AUGGCCGAUGGUGAGAAUGUGGAUCAUCAUGGGGCAGUUGCCCAAGAACGGGAUCCAACCGAUGCGACCAACAAAUCGCGUAAAAUAUUGACCAAUGAAGGAGCUAAAAAAAUAAACGACGAGGACGUUUUAUUGACUCGCGAAGGUUACAAAAUAUUUCGAGAGCAAGUGGUCAAUAAAGGUAAAUUUGCCCAAUAUUAUGCUGCUCGAACCUCGACUGGUAUUGAUUGUGUGGUCAAAGUUGUCCCAUUGACCAGUUUAGCAAUCAAAUACAAGGAAAAUCUUCAACGAGUAGGAACCAAAAUCUUACGUCACCUUCAAGGUAACCCGAAUGACCGAAUCGUGUUUAUAACCGACAUUUAUCUGACCAAGAUAAAGUUGUACGUCUUCUGUGAGCCGAUGACCAUUGACCUCGAAAAAUUGGCUAAAAAACAAGCAUUGAAAGAAGAUGAUUUCAAAUCAUGGAUCAUGGAUAUUCUUAAGGGCCUUUACUAUUUGUGGGAAAAUUGUAUUGGUCAUCGAAAUAUUCAAGCGUCAAAUAUUGUCCUAACAAGUGACAGAAGUGUCGCCAAAAUUACAGGAUUUGGUAUGUCAAUGGUCACUUGGGAUCCAGAAAAAUCAGCUCCAAUUUUUGCGGAAAAGGAAAAGGAAUGGCAUCACCAUUUCUCCCCUGAGGCGAUUAAAGGUGAAUAUGAUGUUCAUUGUAAUGAUAUUUGGGGCGUUGGUUGUAUUAUUGGUCUUCUAAUGUCCAGACGAAAUUUCUUCGAAAAGAAAACAACUGAUCAUGUUUCCUCAUUUAAAACUCAUUUUCGUCGAAAUGAGAUAACCAUGUCACCCGAUUUAGAAUGUUUCCUUUCUCGAAUCUUCAUUGCUGACCCAACCCAACGAGGAAAUUUAAUCGAACUGACCUCUCACCAUUGGUUCGGCGGAGACCAAAGUCAUGGACAUUAA